AUGCACCGGCGGCUACCUUCAGCGUCAGUGCUUCGACAGAAGCGCAACCAAAAGCGGAAUGUGCGCUUCAAUGUGAUGGUUGCAGGCAGCGGUGGGUGUGGAAAAACCACCCUGAUCAACACCCUUUGUGGACGCGAGAUUGCCAGCACGACCGACUGGCUUGAUGAUGACCCUAAUAACGCGCACCGGGACAGGCCCAUUCGCCUCAGAACCUAUACUGAGGAGUUGAACGAUCCGGACGUGGGUAAUAUCACUUUGAGCUUUAUUGAGACCAGCGGUCUCGGUGAGAGUAAGGACAGUUCGGGAGCUUUGCGAGAGGCCCUGGAGUUCAUUGAACAGCAGUUUGAUGACGUGCUUGCUGAGGAGUCCCGCAUCAAGCGUAAUCCCCGUUUUAUUGACCACAGGCUACACACCUUAGUCUAUAUGAUUGAGCCCACUGGUCACGGUCUUCGCGAGUUGGACGUAGAGUUUAUGCGAAUGGUUGGGUCUCGGGUUAACGUGAUUCCCGUGCUGGCGAAGGCUGACACGCUGACCAGAGGUGAAAUCCUUUUGAAUAAACGACUUGUUCGUGAGGACAUUGCCAGAUACUCCAUCCCAAUCUACCAGUUCACAAGCCUUGACGAGGAAGAGGAAGAAGAUGGAGCCGAUCCGAACGCGUCUUACGAUGCGCUGCUUAACGUGCAAGAGUCGGUUCCUUUCUCGGUCAUUGGCACAAACUCUUUUGUUCCCGGUGAAGACGGCCGGCCCGUCCUCAUUCGCCAGUACCCGUGGGGUAGCGUUAACGUCGAGGAUCCUAACAACAGUGACCUUGCGCUGUUGCGUGAUUUGCUGCUUUAUUCUCACAUGAACGACUUGAAGGAGAGCACAUAUGACGUACUGUACGAGUCCUAUCGUACGCAGCGUUUGUCUGUCCAGAACCAGGGCGACGAUGCCAACGGCAGUGGACUUAAUCUGCCUGCUUUGCCGCCUACCGACGCGUCGAGUCCGAGUUAUCUUGCCCGCGAAGAACAGCUACGUCUGGAGGAAGAGCGGCUACAAAAGCACGAAAUGUCGUUGCAAACCGAGCUUGAGCAGCGACGCAGCGAACUUCAGAGGCGUGAGCAAGAACUACGGGAACUCGAAGAGAGAUUGCGUCGUGAGGCCGAGUCGAUCAACUCUCCGGCCUUAUCGGAUAUGCCCAAGUUUUGA